CAGCUGCCCAGCCCCUCUCGCCCACCGCCCAGGGACCCCAAAUGUCCCCCGACACCGGCUCCACGUCCCCCGUGCCGGGCUCCAGCGCCGUGGGGCUGGCGGAGGCCCUGAAGCAGGUCACCGAGCUCGGCCACCUCUGUGCCACCCUGCAGGGGCGGGUGGCCCAGCUGGAGGCCACCAAGCUGGACCGCGCCGAGCUCGAGGGGCUGCGUCAGCUCUUCCCGGAGGGAGACCAGGAGAGCAUCGGCACCCUGCUGGCCGACCUCCGGGGCCGCGUGUCCUCCCUGCAGGGCCUGGCCAGCGACCUGCACGGCCAGGGGGAGAAGAUCAAGCAGCUGCAGGACGCCCUCGGAGAGCUGGGGCUGGCCGGAGCCGCGGGGAAAUCUGGCGGCAGCCUGGGGUCCCUGCUGCAGGAGCUGAGGAGGGAGUUGAAGGAGCUGAGGGAGCAGCAGGAUGCGGCCAAGGCCACGCUGGAGCAGCUGGUGGCCGCCACGGCCGGGCACCUGCAGGAGCAGCUGGACGAGCUGAGGUCGCUGCUGGGCGGCACGGGGCCGGAUGCGUCCCCCGCCAGCAGCUCCGAUGGCCCGGAGCCGGUGCCGGCCGAGUGCCCCAUCUGCAGCACCGACGUCGGGGCGCAGCUCGGGCAGCUGCUGCGGCGCUACGAGCAGCUCCAGGAGCUGGUGGACGCCGUCCUGGCGCGGCAGGCCGUGGGCAAGGCGACCCGGCAGCUCCCCGGGAGGAGAUGGGAGGACGAGGAGCUGCUGAAGAGCAUCCAGGCAGCCAUCCUGCAAGUGCAAGGGGACUGCGAGAAGCUCGGCUCCGUCACGGGGAACCUGGUGGAUGACCAUCACCAGAAGCAGAAGGACAUCGAGGCUCUGUUCCAGUCCCUGGAGAGGCUGCAGAAGGAGAAGGCGGACAAGGAGGAGCUGGUGCUGGAAAUCGAAGUGAAGGCAGACAGAGCCGCCCUGGCCGGCAAGGUGAGCUGCGCCCAGUUUGACGCGGCCGUGGAGCAGCUGAAUAAAAUGAUCGAGGACACGCUGAGCAAGGUGACGGGGCAGGAGCAGGGCUGGCACCGCAUCCAGCAGAAGCUCGUCGAGGAGCUGGGCUCCAAGCUGGACCGCCUGGAGCUGGCACCGCUGCGGCAGCAGCUGGAGGAGCGCUGCAGGAGCAUCCUGAGGCAGCUGAAGGAGCGGGCGCCGCAGGCAGAGGCCGACGAUGCCGCUGGGAUUAGGAAGCAGCUCCUGGCCCAUUUCCACUGCGUGUCCUGCGACCGGCCCCUGCGCAUGGCGGUGCCUGGCCCGCACAUCGUGACCAUCCCGCCCAUGCCGCCGCUGCCCUCGCGCCUCUCCGCGCGUCCCCACGCCGUCUUCGAGCCGGACCACCUACGGCAGCACGGCCGCAGGUAG